AUGGAGGUUCCUGGCAUGCAGAGUUCCCAGAUCGAUCCGGACGAUUUAUUCACCAAACUGGAACGUAUCGGCAAAGGUUCCUUUGGUGAGGUUUUCAAAGGCAUCGACAACCGCUCGCUCCAAGUGGUGGCCAUUAAAAUCAUCGACCUGGAGGAGGCCGAGGAUGAAAUCGAGGACAUUCAGCAGGAGAUCACCGUCCUGAGCCAAUGCGACAGUCCGUACAUCACUAAGUACUACGGCUCGUACCUGAAGGGAAGCAAACUGUGGAUCAUCAUGGAGUACCUCGGCGGGGGUUCCGCGCUGGACUUGCUUCGCGCAGGUCCGUUUGACGAGUCCCAGAUCGCCACUAUGCUGAAGGAGAUCUUGAAGGGUCUUGACUACCUUCACUCUGAGAAGAAGAUCCACAGAGACAUCAAAGCCGCUAACGUGCUCUUGUCCGAGCACGGCCAGGUGAAGCUGGCUGACUUCGGGGUGGCCGGUCAGCUGACGGAUACGCAGAUCAAGCGGGAGACCUUUGUCGGUACGCCGUUCUGGAUGGCGCCUGAAGUCAUCCAGCAGUCCGCGUACGACUUCAAGGCGGACAUUUGGUCGCUGGGCAUCACCGCCAUCGAGCUGGCCAAGGGGGAGCCGCCUAAUUCCGACAUGCAUCCCAUGAGGGUGCUGUUCCUCAUCCCCAAGUCUCCGCCUCCGACGCUGACAGGCGAUUUCUCCAAGAGCUUCAAAGAGUUCACCGAGGCCUGCCUCAACAAGGACCCUAUCUUUCGUCCCACCGCCAAGGAGUUGCUCAAGCAUAAGUUCAUCGUCAAACACUGCAAAAAGACGUCCUAUCUCAGCGAGUUGAUCGACAGAUACCGCAGGUGGCGUGAACAAGGACACAGCGACAGCAGCCCCGACGACUCUGACGGCGAGUCCAGCGACAAGAAGGAUGGCGAAUCUCCCGAGUGGAGCUUCACCACGGUCCGCAAACGGAAGCCUGACGAGCGGCCGAGAGAGGGAAAUGACGCCGACGCAGUCAUCUCGCCCGUCUUCACCGAGUUGAAGCAGCAACACAAGGCGCACUCGGAGAAGCGAUUGGCCAUCGAAGAGCUGGAACGGAACAUCCGAUUGACCGAGGACGUUUGUCCGGGAAUCACAGACCGGAUGGUGACGUGCAUCAUCGCCAGAUUCAACGCCAACUGA